UUUACCUUUCUAGCUUUUGGCUUUUUGUAAUUUCCCACGUUCUUGAGAAUAUUAAAAAUUAAUUUGGAGUUCAUUGCUUAUAACUAAAUAAUUUCCUUCAACCAAUUCAGGAACAAACGCUACCAAGCUACUUUGCACGAUCGGAAAGCUAUUAUAUCAUGGCUGAUGAGGUUAAUGAUCUGCAGCCGGCUGAGCGCAAACCGAAGAUGCCAUUCCUGGUUUUCUUCAAAGAUGCAAGGCUUGUGUUUAAGAUGGAUCCACUUGGUCUCGAAAUUCUGAGGAUUGCAUUCCCUGCAGCCAUGGCAUUAGCAGCUGAUCCAAUUGCUUCUCUGAUUGACACAGCAUUUAUUGGACAUAUCGGGCCAGUGGAGCUUGCUGCUGUAGGAGUUUCCAUUGCCAUAUUCAAUCAAGCUUCGAGAAUUACAAUAUUCCCUCUGGUUAGCAUUACGACUUCAUUUGUUGCAGAGGAAGAUACAGUCGGAAAAAUCAGUAUGGAGGCAUCAAAAGCUGAGAAAAUUAAUGAUAAGUGUUCGCCAAAAAGCACUGAAAUGAAGGAACUGAUAACAGAAGAUGUGACUGCGGACAAAUUAGAAAGAGGUGCCACCACAAGUGUUGCUGGAACAAAAGAGUCAAUGCAAGAAACUGGUAAGAAAAGCAGUGAGAAGGCUAUAUCUAAAGGCGAAAGGCGAUACGUCCCUUCAGCAUCAACAGCACUUGUAAUUGGAGCAAUUCUGGGUCUGUUACAAGCUAUAUUCCUUAUAUUCACAGCAAAAUUUCUCUUGGGUAUCAUGGGUGUUAAAUCAGGCUCCCCUAUGCUAAAACCAGCUUUAAAGUAUUUGACAUUACGAUCACUCGGUGCUCCUGCUGUUCUUCUGUCGCUUGCGAUGCAAGGCAUCUUUCGAGGAUUUAAGGAUACAAAAACUCCAUUGUUUGCUACUGUCGCGGGGGAUCUAACAAAUAUCAUCUUAGACCCGAUAUUUAUCUUUGUUUGCCGUCUUGGUGUUAGUGGUGCAGCCAUUGCACAUGUUCUUUCUCAGUAUUUGAUUUCGGUAAUCUUGCUAUGGAAAUUGAUGAAACAAGUUGAUCUGAUGCCUCCAAGUAUUAGAGAUCUACAAUUUAGCCGGUUCCUUAAAAAUGGUUUUCUGUUAUUAGCCAGAGUAGUAGCUGUAACAUUCUGUGUGACCUUAGCAGCAUCGAUGGCUGCACGUCUGGGUUCAACACCUAUGGCCGCGUUCCAGAUAUGCUUACAGGUCUGGUUGACAUCUUCGCUUCUCGCCGAUGGUUUGGCUGUCGCUGGACAGGCGAUUCUCGCUAGUGCAUUUGCUGAGAAGGAUUAUGAAAAAGUGACUUCUGCCGGAAUCCGGGUUUUGCAGAUGGGUUUUGUGCUAGGCGUGGGACUUGCAAUUGUAGUCGGAGUUGGACUGUACUUCGGAUCUGGAAUAUUUUCGAAAGAUGCCAGCGUUCUGCACCUUAUAACUAUAGGCAUACCAUUCGUCGCAGCAACUCAACCGAUCAAUUCGUUGGCUUUUGUUUUCGAUGGAGUGAAUUUUGGAGCAUCUGAUUUUGCAUAUACUGCCUACUCCAUGGUGCUUGUGGCAAUAGCCAGCAUUGUCUCCUUGUUCUUUCUCUCUGCUAGCAAUGGUUUUGUUGGAAUUUGGAUUGCUUUAACCAUUUACAUGGUUCUCCGUACAUUUGCUGGCGUAUGGAGGAUGGGAACUGGAAGUGGACCCUGGCGAUUUCUCAAAGGUUCAUCAUUAUUACCAUAAGCUUUUAUGUUAUAACAACUCCUAUCUACCUAUA